GGGAACUUCAAAACCUGAAGUGUCUCUCAUGGUCUUCCAUCAAAGCUGCCUUGUUCAACUGAACUUUUCCUUUAAUUCUUUCAUUUCCCUCGAACUCCUUGGUCAAUAGCUUUUUCUUCGCUCCUUUUUUUCAAUUCGCCGCAGGGAACUUCAAAACCUUGAAUGUGCCUCUCGUGGCCUUCCAUCAAAACCCUCUUGUUCAACUAUUGAAUUUUUCCUUACAUUCUUUCACUUCCCUCGAACUCCUUGCUCAAUAGCUUUUUCUUCGCUCGUUUUCUUCAAUUUUAUCCUUUGGGUUUUUCAUCAUAUCGAAGAACCUAUCUUCUGUGAAGAAUCAGAGAAAUUUUCAGGAGCCUGUGGUAAUUGGCAGGUAGGGACACCCAGAGCAGCAAUCUCUGCGCGGAUGUCCACGUAAAUGGAGGUUUGUUCCUGGGAGCAAUUGAAACCAUGAUGACUGUGUUGAUGACUUUCUCCAAAACUCAUCUUUUACCGGUAGCCAGCCAGAUUUUCUUGAAUUUAUCUGCAAGCAGAGAAAGAUCUAGGUAAAAGGAUACUCACGGUUGAUAAGCUGAAGAUCAAUGUCAAUCUAGUGGAAGCUCCUCAGAACAUUGAAACAAUGGACAACAAAUGAAGAGGUUAAAGGCCAAGCAAAUCUUAAAGUCAAAAGUGAACCUCGAGAGGCUGAAGGAGGCUGAAGGAUUUAGUGAUUAAGGAGACCAUGAUUAGAAGGAUUGUUAUGCCAAGAAUGGAGAACAUUCUCAACCUGCCAUUGCAAGAUCCUCCAUGUGCAGAAUUUUCUGCUGCUCAGAUUAAGUGGGUGAAAGUAGAAGGUGGUCGCCAGGGUGGUGAUGAUAUUGCCUUGAUACCUUUUUCUAGGGUGGAUGAUUUUGUAAAAGGGGAAUCUGCUAAUGCAGAAUGUCCUGCCAGCUUCCGCAUUGAGUCAAGAAGGAAAAGACAUGAAGGUAGCAUUAGUAAACCAAGGGUUGAUGCCUACCUUGAAUAUACACUAUACUGGUGUUCUUAUGGUCCUGAGGACUACAGAGAGAGUGAGAUUGGCAUGGGGGAUGGCACAAAUACUAAGCCUGCAUCAGGGAAGGGGAGCAGGCCUGGUAGGCGUCACAUGAUGAGAGGGUGCCUCUGCCACUUCACUGUAAAACGUUUAUACAUCCGACCUCUCCUUGCACUCAUCAUUUACAAUCAGCGAAGCCAUGUGGAUAAAACAGGGGCCCCAUGUCAUGGGUUACUUGAUCGGGAUGCUGUGGGAACACGAGCUAUGUAUGCUCCUCGGAUUUCAGAAGAAUUACGUCAAAGAGUGAUAUCUAUGCUUUAUGCUGGAAUAUCUUUGGACAAUGUAAUCCAACAUCACAUGGAGGUGGUGCAGAGGCAUGGUGGGCCACACAGCCGAAAUGAUUUUCUCACUCGGAAUGAUGUUCGUAAUAUGGAAAGAGUUAUUCUUAAUUCCACUCAUGAGCUACAUGUAGAUGAUGAUUGUAGCAUAAACCUUUGGGUUCAACGCCAUCAGAAGCAUGUUUUCUUCUUCCAGGAUAACAGAGGUUCAGACCCACUUGUUCUAGGCAUACAGACAGAGUGGCAGCUGCAGCAGAUGCUCCGUUAUGGACAUAACGGUUCUGUAGCAUCCCAUUCAAAGUUUGGUUUGAAGAAACUCAAGUAUCCUCUGUGUUCUUUACUUGUUUUUGACUCAUCUCGGAAUGCAAUUCCGGUUGCUUGGGUCAUUACCUCGAGUUGUCAUGGUCAUGAUGCUCCUAAAUGGAUGCCACCCCUUGUCAGAAGAAUCCGGAAGAAGGAUCCCAGAUGGAAACCAAGUGCCUUUUUAGUGGAUGAUCCUUCCUUUGAAAUGGUCAUUAUCAGAGAUGCUUUCCAAUGCCGGGUCUUCUUGUGCCUCUGGCAUGUACGGCGUUCUUUGAUAAGAAAUAUUAUGAAGAAAUGCUGUAACUUUCAUGUACAGCGAGAUAUGUUUAAGCAACUAGGCCGCAUCUUGUACUGCACAAGAAGCGGGACAAGUUCUCUGGAUGCUAUUGAAGAAUUCAUGCAAAUAUUUGUUGAUCAAUGUGCCUUCAUGGAUUAUUUCAGAAUUCAGUGGUUACCAAGGAUAGAACUUUGGGUGAAUGGUGUGAGGACUCUCCCUGUGGCGAGUCAAGAACCCCAUGCCGCCAUUGAGUCCUAUCACUUGAGGUUGAAAUCCAAGCUUUUUAAUGAGCUACAUGCCAACCCUUUGCCACGAGUUGAUUGGUUGAUUCACACAUUGACUACUGUACUUCAUUCUUUGUAUUGGUUCAAUCAAUACUGCAUAGAGACUGGCUAUUUUGAAGAUUCAAGGGAUCAGUUCUUGUUAACUAACCCUUGGUCUCAGGCUUUGCAAAUCCCAGAUGUAGAUAUGUUACUGGAUGAGGAAAAUCUCCAGCUGGCUAAAGUCAUUUCUCAAACAGAUAGAAACGUGGCAUAUACAAUUUGGAAUCCUGGGUCAGAGUUCUCUAUUUGUGAUUGCCCAUGGUCAAUGUCAGGAAAUCUUUGUAAGCAUGUCAUCAAGGUUGCAAUAUUAUGCAAAAGUCGGCACAUUGCAAGGCCACUAUUGACAGCUCAAAUUUAUCGGCAGUCCUUGCUCACCCUUUUGCAGCAUCCUCCUGAUGAUCCUUUAGUUCUUGACCAUGCCAUUUUGCAUGCAACCCGCUUGCAACAGGACAUUAAAGGCUUGGAAGAGCUGUCUAAUAGUGGGCUACUCCAGCCCUUAACUUCGGAGAUGAGCUCUCAAAUGGCAGAUAAUCCCCUGCAUUUUUCUCGGUUCCAUUGAUAGGCUGGCCAUUGAUGUUGCGUGCCUGUUUGGGUGAAAGCAUUUCUGCUUGUGCGUCCCAGGUUUAUUUUUAAGGCUUCAAGUAAUAAUCUUUGAUCUGAUUGCAAUAGAACUUGAAGAUUUGGGCCUUUCACCUGCCUCACGAAUGCUUCAUUUUUUUAUCUUCAUGAAACUAUGUCCUCCACCC